AUGAAUAAAAUAUGUUUAGAAAUUAAGUUAAUUGUGAAAAGAAUAUAAGCAAAAUAGGAAAAACAUGAAAUUUGCAGAACAUUUAUCGGCGCAUAUAACACCAGAAUGGCGGAAACAAUAUAUUAAUUAUGAGGAGAUGAAAUCUAUGCUUUAUGGAGCUGUUGAACAGGCACCGUCCGCCGAACUUGUUGAUCCGGAAAUGGUUUCACGCUAUUUUGCCAAAUUCGAUGAGCAGUUCUUUCACUAUUGCGACAAAGAGUUGGCUAAAAUCAAUACAUUCUAUUCGGAGAAGAUGGCCGAAGCCACCCGUAAAUAUGGUAAUUUGCGCAGCGAAUUGACUGAAGCUUUGGAAAUGGGUCACGUGAAGAAGCAACCGGCAUGGAAAACGAAAACACCGCUUGGCAAACGAAAUGUAUCUGCUCGUAAGCUGCAAGAUCUCAAAUUAGCAUUUAGUGAAUUUUAUUUGGGUUUAAUUCUAUUACAAAACUAUCAAAAUUUGAACUUCACCGGAUUUCGUAAGAUACUUAAGAAACAUGAUAAGCUGUUAAAUGUUGAUGUUGGAGCCAAAUGGCGUAAGGAACAUGUGGAGGCUGCGCAUUUUUAUGUAAAUAAAGAUAUCGAUCGUCUGAUACAAGAGACGGAGACCGCUUUUACUCACGACAUAGAAGGAGGAGAUCGACAAAAAGCUAUGAAACGUUUAAGGGUACCGCCGUUGGGAGAGCAGCAAAGUCCGUGGACUACUUUUAAGGUCGGCCUAUUUUCGGGAGCAUUUGUUGUUUUAUUGGCUACCGUUAUACUCUCGGUCGUUUUUCACGGAUUUGGCGAAGAUUGGCGCGCUGGAUUACGUAUGUUCCGGGGGCCGUUUUUAAUCAUUGAAUGCCUUUUUCUUUGGGGCGUUAAUGUCUACGGUUGGCGUUCUUCGGGUGUCAAUCACGUUCUCAUAUUUGAAUUGGAUCCUCGUAAUCAUUUAUCCGAGCAGCACAUUAUGGAAAUUGCUACAGUAUUUGGCGUUUUAUGGGCCAUUUCGGUAUUAUUUUAUAUAUACUGCGAUCCAUUGGGUAUACCUCAGUAUUCUGCUCCCUUAAUUUUGUACACAGUUAUGGCUAUUUUUGUACUUAAUCCAACUAAAACAUUCUAUCAUGAAGCUCGUUACUGGUCGGUACGCAUUCUUAGCCGUGUGGUUAUGGCUCCUUUUUUUUUUGUCAAUUUUGCUGACUUUUGGUUGGCCGACCAGCUAAACAGUAUCGUACCGGCCUUUUUAGACAUACCGUUCGUUGUAUGUUUCUUCGGUCAAAAUCCCACAUGGCAUAAAAUGGCAGAGGCACAAGACGGUGGCCGCCAUUGCAUUGAAGAUGUUUCUCUCAUCCGUCCUGUGGUGGCAAUUUUACCGGCUUAUUUUCGCUUCGCUCAAUGCUUGCGUCGCUUUCGUGACACUAAAGAGGCAUUCCCACAUUUGGUUAACGCUGCUAAAUAUGGUACAUCGUUCUUUGUAGUAAUAUUUUCAUAUAAAUAUCAGACAACGCAUGCAGAGUAUGUUCUCUCAAAGAAUAACCCGUGGUUUUAUUGUUGGAUAAUAGCGGCUGUCGUCUCCUCUUGUUAUGCGUACACGUGGGAUAUUAAAAUGGAUUGGGGUUUAUUUGAUGCGAAAGCCGGUGAUAAUACUUUCCUAAGGGAGGAAAUUGUUUAUGCCUCGACGUGGUUCUAUUAUUUUGGCAUAGUAGAAGAUUUAAUAUUACGUUUUGGUUGGACGGUAUCAAUGAGUUUGAUCGAAGCUGGCUAUAUGGAAGGCGAUGUUAUGGUAACUAUUUUGAGUCCCCUUGAGGUUUUUCGCCGUUUCAUUUGGAAUUACUUUCGCUUGGAGAAUGAACAUUUAAAUAAUUGCGGAAAAUUUCGAGCUGUUCGCGACAUAUCAGUGGCACCUAUGGACUGUUCAGAUCAGACAACCAUACUGCGGAUGAUGGAUGAGGAGGACGGCGUAGUGAAUAGGCGGCGAAAAACAAAAACAUUAUCAAAGAAAAGAACUGAACAACGCAUACUUUUACAGGGUGACUCGAUAGAAGAUAUAUGCUCUUAAAUGAAAUUUGAAGAGUAAAACACAAUAAAAAAACAACAAAUAAAAAAGUUGCCCUUGCUUCUGGUCUUUCAACUUAUUAUUAGCUACUAUAUAAUCGAGUAAGAAUAUACCCAUCACGUUGGAUUUUUAUAAACUUUUUCACAUACGAACAAUUAAAGAUUUAGUUGGAAAAUUUAAA